GUUUAUUAAUCUCUGGGCACUUUACUGCUUAAUGAGUUGUGACUCCCUCAGGGAGCGUGUGGAGUUUCACAGGGAGAGAUGGGCCGGACUGAUAGUGCUUCUGGAGGAAUUAUGGUCCUGGCUGAAGAUGAUGGAUGAGGAGCUGACCAGACAGCUUCCCAUUGGAGAGGAUGUUCGUACUCUUCUGCAGCAACAAGGAUACUGUAUGGCUCUGCAGAGUGAGUUAACCAGUCGGAGGCAGGUAUUUGACCACACUCUGAAGCAGCUGUGCCUGUGCCUGGCUCUGCAGCCUGCAGAUGGGCUGUGUGAAAUCAGCAGGGAAACAGCAGCAGGUCAGUCAUCUCCCCCAUCUAUAUAA